CGAUAAAGAAAAUUAGGGUAAAUGUCAACAAUCCGAUUUCUCAGAAUUCUCACAAUUCGAGCAAUGUCGUCAUCGUCUUCCUCGUCCUCUUGGUCAUGCAACAAAUGUACUUUCCUCAAUUCUGCGUCUCAGAAACUCAAUUGCAUGAUCUGCUUGGCUCCUGUAUCUCUCCCUUCUUCGUCUCCUUCUCCUUCUCUCUCAAUUUCCACGAACGAUGAAGCUAAAUGGGCGUGCAAGGCCUGUACUUUUUUGAACACGUACAAGAACUCAAUCUGUGACGUCUGUGGGACGCGAUUGCCAACGUCUUCUCUCUUGGGCUUUGACGAUUUGACUGAUUCGGGUCUCGAGAGUAACAACGCUGAUUCCUCCGUCGGGUCUGUUUUCUUUCCUCUGCGGCGGUGUAGCAAGCGUAAAGCUAUGGAUGAUGACGUCGUCGAGGUCGAAGGUGCUUCUGUUGUUUGCUCUGAAUCGCAAGGUGUGAUGAAGAAGAACAAAGAGAUUGAAACGAAAGGGGUAGCUUCUGAUUCAGGAACACCUUUAACUUGCUUGAAGAUCUUGAGCUACAAUGUUUGGUUUCGUGAAGACCUUGAGUUGAAUCUAAGGAUGAGAGCGAUUGGUCACCUUAUUCAGCUUCAUUCUCCUCAUCUCAUAUGUUUUCAGGAAGUCACUCCUGAGAUAUAUGAUAUUUUCCGCAAGUCGAAUUGGUGGAAAGCGUAUUCUUGUUCUGUCUCAGUUGAUGUGGCAGUUUCAAGAGGCUACUACUGCAUGCUGUUAAGCAAGUUGGGGGUGAAAUCUUUCAGCAGCAAAAGCUUUGGGAACUCGAUAAUGGGAAGAGAACUAUCUAUCGCAGAAGUUGAAGUUCCAGGGGGAAAGCCACUUGUGUUUGCAACUAGCCAUCUGGAGAGUCCCUGUCCAGGUCCUCCAAAAUGGGACCAAAUGUUUAGUCGAGAACGCGUUGAACAAGCCAAAGAAGCAAUCGAGAUUCUCAGACCUAAUACCAAUGUGAUAUUCGGGGGAGACAUGAACUGGGAUGACAAGCUAGAUGGGAAAUUUCCUUUGGCAGACAAGUGGGUUGAUGUUUGGGAGGUUAUGAAACCAGGCGAUUUGGGGUUUACAUAUGACACAAAAGCAAACCCAAUGUUGUCCGGCAACCGAGCAUUGCAGAAACGGUUAGACCGGAUUUUGUGUCGUCUGGAUGAUUACAAGCUUGGCGGAAUCGAGAUAGUUGGGAAAGAGGCGAUUCCUGGUUUAUCAUAUGAGAAAGAGAAGAAAGUGAGGGGUGAGAUCAAGAAGUUAGAGCUCCCGGUGUUGCCUAGUGAUCAUUUUGGUCUGCUUUUAACCCUUUCGCUGAAAUGAGGUCAAAACUAUUCAGAGCUCGAAGUUCCGUCUUCCUUAGUGGAACUUUUGGGACUAGGUUAAAACUGUAUGAAACACCAAAGAUGAUGCGUAGGGUUUCUCUGUUUCGAACUGAUGAUAAACAGUUCUUGGUUUUAGGUUUUUUGUUUUUUUGGUUUGGAUAGUCCUUAUUUCCUGAUUCGAACUGAAAGAUCAGUCUUAUUGGUCAACAAUGCCCCACCUUUUGUAAUGAAGAUUAUGAAACUAAUCACAAAUUAAGAUGAUCUUUCAGAACCA